AUGGCUGAAGCACUUCGAAGAGCAAUAAAAUCAAGACAUGCCAACAAAAAUUUGGAAGGUAUCAAGAUAACCACAAACUUUGUUGCUACACAUCGGCAAUUUGUUGAUGACAACCUCCUACUAGGCACAACAAGAUCCAAGGAAGCUGCCCAGUUUCAGGAACUACUGGAGUCAUAUGGGAAAGCUUCAGUAUGGGAGGUAUGGAAGGAGCAGAACAGGAAAUUAUUUGAUGGAAAAGCAAGGAGUGUUGACUCAACUUUGUCCUCUUUGGAAGCAACCAUUGUUGAAAACAUUCAUAGAAGACUUGCCCUUUCAACCAACUUGGACAAGAACUUUACAUCAUGGGACAACAAAAUGAGGUUUUCAUGGAAUGGAAUCAAAAUUCCCCCCUUCUUGGGAAACAAGUCAGGCGACAGAGAAAAUGCAGUUUGGGCUCCUCCCCAGUAUGGUUGGUUUAAAUUCAAUUUUGACGGGGCUUCUAAAGGUAAUCCAGGAGCUUCUGGAAUUGGAUGUGUAGUCAAAGAUCACAGUGGAAUAGUGGUGGGAAAGAUGUCUAAUCCUACCCCUCCGAAUACAAACAAUGUAGAAGAAUUUAAAACUCUUCUCUAUGGCCUGUCAGAGUGUUUUAACCAUGGCAUCAGAAAUUUAGCAAUUGAGGGGGACUCUUCUAUUGUUAUAAAUGCAGCUAAAAUGACUCAUUCUAUUAAUUGGAAGCUGCAAGCUCUUCUAGAAAGAAUCCUAGCAUUGCUACCUUCUUUUAACAACUACAACUACAAUCACAUAUUCAGAGAGAGAAAAACAAAAGUAUGCAGAUGA